AUCCAACAAACACCAUUCAUCAAGCAGCUCGCUGCAAGUGAUCGACCCACCCGCGACGCAGCCCUCCACUCCCUCCGCACAUUCCUCUCAGCCCGCCGUUCGCUCCCGCCUCUCGAGCUCCUCAAAUUAUGGAAAGGCCUCUUCUACUGCCUCUGGAUGUCCGACCGGCCCAAACCGCAAGCAGCGCUCGCGCAAGAACUCGCAAACCUGCUCACCAUCCUGCCGUCUCUGCCCGAGAAAAUCGAGUUCCUGAGAGCGUUCUGGAAGACGAUGCAGAGGGAAUGGACCAACAUCGAUGUCUUGAGGAUGGAGAAAUUUUUGCUGCUCGUGAGGAGGUUCCUUGCUGCUACGUUUGUGGCGGCGAAGGAGGGGAAGAUGGAGUGGGAGGAGGAGAGGGUGGGGAUGUUGGUUCGGACGUUGGAGGAGGUGCCGUGUGAGGUGGAGGAUGUGAAGGUUCCGAAUGGGUUGAGGUUUCAUGUCAUUGAUAUUUAUGUUGAUGAGUUGGAGCGGGUGGGAGCUUUAGAGGAAGGGAGUGAGGCGCCUAUUGAGAUUCUAUUGGGUCCCUUGAAGGCGUUGGCUAAGGGAAGUCCAACUAAGGCUGUUAGGAAUAAGGCCAAAGAAGCUUUAGCUGACGAGAGACUG